GGUGCAGUGCACUGGUGUAACCAGUCUUAAUAUUGGAACGGUCGGUGCGGCAAACCAGUGUAACCAGUGACACCGGUGCGAAUAUUGGAACGUGCCUUUGUUUUUCUUUUCCCAUGUGUUUACGCCUGAGCAACGAACGGUAUUACGCAAGCUACAUCAUCAAGCUAUUGUAAAGCUGUGAGAAAUGAAUAAUUUUGAUAUUCUUAACGUUUCACGCUAGUGCGUUUCAAUAAUUAUUGAUGUUGUUUUCCCUAAGGAGGCAAGCAUGGAAUCAAAUCAAGUACCAACAAGUAACUUUAUUAAACUCUAUCAACAUUACAUAACAGCUGCUAUUGAUCUUACUGCUGGAUCUGCAGGUGGUGCUGCUUGUGUUCUUGUAGGUCAACCUUUAGACACAAUAAAAGUGAAGAUGCAAACCUUUCCUCAUUUGUAUAAAAACAGUAUUGUAUGUUUUAAACAAACAAUUUUAAAUGAGAGAAUACGAGGCCUAUAUGCUGGAACUGUACCUGCUUUAGUUGCUAAUAUUGCUGAAAACUCUGUUUUGUUUUGUGCUUAUGGUGUUUGUCAAAAUGGUGUAAGAAUGUUUACCAGGAAAGAUAGCAUUGCAAGUUUAAAUCCUCUAGAAAAUGCUACAGCUGGUUUUUUUGCUGCAUUAUUUUCUUCUGUUACGCUUUGUCCAACUGAACUUAUAAAAUGCAAGCUUCAAGCAAUGCGAGAAGUUCAAACUACACAUUCUCCUCAAUCAAAUCAACAAAAAAUACGAAUAGGUCCUUGGCUUUUGACUAAACAAAUUUUGAAAUCUGAGGGAAUAUCUGGAUUCUUUCGAGGAUUUGGUCCAACAGUUGCCCGAGAAAUGCCAGGAUACUUUUUCUUUUUCGGGGGGUAUGAAUUGAGUAGAAUUCUUUUAACCCCAACUGGAAAAAAAAAAGAAGAUAUUGGUCUUUUACAAACAAGUAUUGCUGGAGGAAUAGGUGGUGUAUGUUUUUGGCUUGCUAUAUUUCCUGCUGAUGUUAUUAAAUCCAGGAUUCAAAUUUCUACCUCAUCCAGUUCAAUGGUUUUGAUCACAAGGGAAAUAAUUCAUGCUGAUGGAGUUAAAGCCUUAUAUAAAGGCCUGGGACCUACAAUACUUCGCACAUUUCCAGCUAGUGGAGCAUUGUUUGUUGCUUAUGAAUAUACAAAAUAUUUUCUUCAUUUUGUUUCUGGAUGUCCUUCCAGUUCAGCAUCUUGAUGUUUGAAAUUUUUAAAUCUAUUUCUUUAUCAAAGUAGGGCUAAAACUAAUGAUCUAUGCCAAUGAAAAGUAUUAAAUUUCAAUGAAAAGUAUUACCUCUAAAUUGAUUGAUGGUGUUAAAGUUAAAUAGUCAAAUUAUUUUGUUGAAUGUCUUUGAAAUGUUGUAAUUUAUUGAAUAAAUUAUUUAGUUUUUAAAAAA